CCGCCGUAGGGCCGUAGGCAGCAAAGAUGGUUUCUCCCCCAACCCGAUACCUAGUGUUCUUUCAGUACUUUGGCACUAAAUAUAGUGGGGUUAUGGAGACCUCGAAUGAUCAGUCAAUGAUUGGAGUCCAGAAUUAUUUGGAGAAGGCAGUGCAGAACCUAAAGCCUGUUGUUCCUGUCAAGUUCCACAUCUCCAGCCGAACAGAUGCUGGUGUCCAUGCACUGUGCAACUCUGCUCACCUUGACAUCCAGAGGGCACCGGGGAAGCCGCCUUUUAAUGAGAAACAGCUCGUCUAUGGUCUUAAUUACAACCUAAAGCCUGAACCGAUCCGCAUUUUGAAUGCCUAUCGAGUGACCGAUAGCUUCCACGCACGCUUUUCUGCACUGUCAAGAACCUACGUUUAUCGGCUGUUGAUGGGCUGCACUCAUUAUUCUGAAAUACCGGUGUUCGAAAGGGAUCUCUGCUGGGCUCCUGCGGGAGGCUACCUGAAUGUGCCUGCCAUGCAGGAUGCAGCGCAGUUCCUGCUGGGAACCCACGACUUCAGCACCUUUCGCUCGCUGAACUCUGAAACACGUUUUCAAUCUCCAGUCAGAACCAUCCUCCAGGCAGACAUCCGACCCUCUUCUGGUUUCCUGUCCCACCACUAUGAACACAGGGGACUGGAGUUUUGGGAGUUGACGUUCAGGAGCAGAGCAUUUCUUUACCGACAGGUCCGAAGAAUGGUUGGGGCUCUAGUUGCAGUUGGCCAGGGAAAGUUAACACCUCAUCAUAUAAAGGAGCUACUGGAGAUAAAAGAUGCACGGGCUUUUCCACCAAAUGCCAUGGCUCCGCCAUCUGGGCUCUUUCUAAAAUCAGUGGAAUAUAAUGAAGCAGAUUUGAACACUACAGUUGCCCCAGGAGAAUAGCAGCUCUGUGAGAUACGGCCGUGUCUGAAAGGACUGUUGUGGAUAUGCGAUGGAGGUUUGCCAAGCGCUCUCUACACAAUACACGGUCUUGUCUCAAUAAAAAUCAUUGACU